AUGGCCCCCUCCCGCAUCGACACGCCUGAGGCCACUCCGGUGGCGCCGACGAAGCUCCAGUCGAGCCAGAACCCGAAACCCCAGUAUGGCGACUUCCGCGACGAAUUCUUCCGCAACGGCUACGCGGUCAUCAAGGGCGCCUUGACGCCGGAGCGGGCGCAGGAAUACCAGAGCCGGGCGCUGGACUGGCUCGAGUCGUUCGGGCUGGGGUUCGACCGCCACGACAAAUCCACCUGGAAGAAAGAGAACCUGCCGCAGAGCUGGAAGGGCGGGAUGUACCUGCACUUCUCGGCGGCGCACGAGAAGUACGUCUGGGACGUUCGGUGUGAACCCGGCGUGAUCGCCCCAUUCGCCAAGCUCUGGGAAACGGACGAGCUGGUCGUCUCCUUCGACACGGUGAACAUCACGCUCCCGCAGUCGAUCGUGGGCGAGUACGACUCGAAGCCGUGGCCGCAUGUGGACCAGGCGCCCGAGCGGUCGGGUAUGCAGUGCGUGCAGGGGAUCGUGAAUCUGUCGGAGGCCGGCCCCGCGGACGGCGGGCUGGUGGUGAUGAAGGGGUCGGCGCCCCUGUUCGACGACUUCUUCGCGGCGAACCCCGUGACGGGGCCGACGCCGUGGCGCACGGCCAAACACAAGGACUUCCACCCCUUCUCCGAGGCGGACCUGGCGUGGUAUACCGCGCGCGGCUGCGAGCUGGUCAAGGUCUGCGCCGAGCCCGGCGACCUCAUCAUCUGGGACUCGCGGCAGGUCCACUGGGCGCGGUUCGGCGAGUCGGACGUCGUGCGCACCAUCGUGUAUGCGACCUACACGCCCGCGGCCUGGAUGACCGACGCGGACCGCCGCACCAAGGCGGAGCUGUUCGAGCACUUCGAGACCACCACCCAUUGGCCCCAUACCAAUCUGUAUACCCAUGGCAAGGCGACGGUGACGGUGGAUGGGGAGGAACGCGUUGAUCCGUUGGAGAGAGAUGAGCCCCUGACGAAGCCGUGGCAUAAGUGGGUCAUUACCUUUGUGCUGGGAAUGUUCUCCGUCUUGGGAGUUCUUUUGACCUCCGGAAUGGGCCCCUUCACCACGACCAUGGCCGCCUACUACAACUAUGACCCGCGAACGAACGAUCUCAUGACCUACCCGACCCUGUUCAUGGGUAUUGGGAACCUGAUUGCUAUGCCGCUGGCCAUGGCCGUGGGGCGGAGGCCGAUUUUCCUUGCCUCGGCUCUGGUUCUAACGGUAGGGUCCAUCUGUGACUCGACGCAGGAAAUCCACUUCGUCCACGAGCGCAGCAGCAGGCUUGCCUGGUUCAGUGCUAUCCAGUCGAUCGGAUCCGCAGCGCUGACGAUCGCGACAUCCUACCUCGUCAUCGCUCUGGGCUGGCGGUGGUGGUACGGGACCUUCGCCAUCGCGAGCGGGGUGGUGUUCGUGGUGGCCCUGUUCUUCGUGCCGGAGUCCCUGUACGACCGGCCGACCGAUGCCUUUGAAGGCCGCGUCCACAUCCACCACGAGGGGCAAGAGCUCAAUGUCUUGCGCGCAACGACCAAGCACCCGGUCGCCCUGGACUACACGCGGUAUCAAGCCCGAACCUUCCGCCACAGCAUGAAGAUCUACCACGGCCCCGCCAACUGGGGCGCCGCGGCGCUGUGCUGGAAGCACAUGGCCCAGUGCAUCCUCUUUCCCGGGGUCCUGUGGGUGGUGCUGAUGAACAGCAUCUCCCUGGGGAUCUAUGUCAUCGGCGUCACCGAAUAUGCCCCGCUGCUGGCCGCACCUCCCUACAGCUACCCCGACACCAGCCUGGGUCUGGUCCAAGGCGGCCAGAUCGUGGUCUCGAUGCUCAUGGUGCCGAUCCUGGGCUACGGCGGCGACCGCCUGCACCGGUGGAUUGCCCGUCGCCGCGGCGGGGUGGUGGCGCCCGAGAUGCGUCUCAUCCCCAUCAUCCUCCCCAUUGCGGUCGUGCUGAUCUCCACGAUCAUCUACGGUCGCGCGGGCUCGCACCCGGCCGACUGGUCGUCGUGGGCCAUCGUCACCACAUUCAAUGGCAUGUACUUCGGCUACAUCGGGAUCAUCCUCAAUGGGUUCACAUACACGCUGGAUAGUUACGGUGAGCGCGCCGCGCCGAUCCUGGUGCUCAUCUGUGCGAUCCGUGGAUUCAUCUCGUUCGGGAUCUCCUUUGGUAUCACGGAAUUCAUCGCGCAGAAGGGCUUUCAGGGUAGCUUGGAGAUCUGUGCGAUCAUCAUGGGGGUGAUCUCGGCCCUGGGGCUGCCGGUGUUUAUCUUCGGGCCGAAGAUCAGGUCGCUGACGAUGAAGUAUGCGGUUGAUGGUAAAGGUGUAGAAAUCUGA